AUGCAGAUUUUUGUUAAAACGCUCACGGGCAAGACCAUUACUCUCGAAGUCGAGUCCUCGGACACCAUCGACAACGUCAAGGCCAAGAUCCAGGACAAGGAAGGCAUUCCUCCUGAUCAGCAGCGUCUCAUCUUCGCUGGUAAGCAGCUCGAAGACGGCCGAACGCUCUCCGACUACAACAUUCAGAAAGAGUCGACGCUUCACCUUGUGUUGCGACUCCGCGGUGGUAUGCAGAUCUUUGUCAAGACGCUCACAGGCAAGACCAUCACUCUCGAAGUCGAGUCUUCGGACACCAUCGACAACGUCAAGGCCAAGAUCCAAGACAAGGAAGGCAUUCCUCCUGAUCAGCAGCGUCUUAUCUUUGCCGGCAAGCAGCUCGAAGAUGGUCGCACUCUGUCGGACUACAACAUUCAGAAGGAAUCCACUCUUCACUUGGUCCUUCGUCUUCGUGGAGGCGCCAAAAAGCGAUGUCAGAAUGGUGCCGGUACCGACGGGCAGUGCAAGGAUGCGGCCAUCAACCUUGUUGGAGAAUGCCCGCAUUGCAGCCUCAAGUUUUGCGGCAAGCACCGUCUGCCUGAACAACACAAGUGUGCGCAGGUAGAGCAGGUGCGCAACGCGGCCUUUGCCGCCAACAAGGCCAAGUUGGAGAGCGAGCGUACCCAGGCUACGCGUGGUCUCGCACACUGA